AUGGCCACUGUGGCCUCGCAGGCCUCUUCGUUGAAGCAGGCCGGCAAGGUGGUCUGCAUUGGCCGCAACUAUGCGGAUCACAUCGCAGAGCUGAAAAACGCAAAGCCAAAGAAGCCCUUCUUCUUCCUUAAGCCGGCUUCAUCCAUCAUCCUGCCUGGCGAUGGACCGUGUCUGCAGCCCAAGGGCGUGGAUAUGCACUUUGAGGUUGAGCUGGCUCUUAUCAUUGGAUCAAUGGUGCGGAAUCUGCACCCCGAAGAUGAGAAGGGGGCUUUGGAAGCAAUCAAGGCCUACGCCAUUGCCAUCGACAUGACAGCCCGCAACGUCCAAAACGAGGCCAAGAAGAAGGGCCUCCCCUGGUCCAUCGCCAAGGGCUUCGACACAUUCCUGCCCAUGAGCAACAUCAUCCCCAAGACGGCCAUCGCGGACCCCCACGACGCGGAGCUGUUCCUCGAGGUCAAUGGCCAGACGAAGCAGAAGGGCUCGACGGGCCUGAUGAUCUACCGCAUCCCGCGCAUCAUGAGCGACAUCUCGCGCGUCAUGACGCUGAUGCCGGGCGACGUGGUGCUAACGGGCACGCCGGCGGGCGUUGGGCCCGUGGUGCCGGGAGAUGUGAUGAGGGCGGGCGUGAGGGUGGAUGGGAGGGAGAUUGAGGAGGGCAAGAUUGAGGUGCCGGUUGAGUUGUCUGGAUCGGCGUAUGAGUUUUCGGAGACUUAG